AUGUGUAGAUUUUUAAUUUUCAAAGGUAAAGAACCGAUACGUUUAUCGCACUUAUUGACGAGACCCGCACAUUCUAUCAUCAACCAGUCUUUUGAUUCUCGAUUGAGAUUAGAUACGAGUAGACCCAUGAAUGGGGAUGGAUUUGGAGUAGCAUACUAUCAAGAAGGUAUUGAAGAUGGACCAUGUACAUUCAAAGCGAUUACACCGGCGUGGAACAAUUUGAAUUUGGAGACGUUGGCAGAAAAGACUAAAUCUAAUCUAGUGUGUGCGCAUGUAAGAGCCAGUACGUAUGGUGUACUAUCAGAGACGAAUUGUCACCCCUUUACAUACCACAACUUAUGUUUUAUGCAUAACGGUGGGAUAUCAAAUUUCAAGAAGAUAAAAAGGAAAUUAUUGAAUCAUAUAAAGGAUGAAUAUUUAAAUUUCCUUCAAGGUAGUACAGAUUCAGAAUGUGCAUUUGCAUUGUUUUUGGAUACGUUAGAUAAACUUGGAUUUGAUCCCAGUGAUAAAAGUGGUAACUUUGGACACGUAGCUCUAAGAAGCGCAAUGUUAAAUACAAUAGGAUAUAUAAAGGAUUGGACCAAAGAAGCCACAGCUGAUAAUGAACCUUCAUUACUAAAUUUUGCUGUUACAGAUGGUGAUACGGUUAUUGUGUCACGCUACAUUACAUCCAAGACAGAUGAAGCUGCAUCAUUGCAUUUCAGCUGUGGAUCCAGUUUUAUUGAAACUGCUCCGGGAGAAUACAGAAUGGAAAGGUUAGAUAGAAAUCAGGACGUGAUCAUGGUUGCCUCUGAACCUCUUACAUUCGAAAGAGGUGACUGGACCACCGUUCCUACUAAUAGUAUCCUAACGAUCAAGAAACAAACCAUCCUAUUGCAUCCGAUCACCGACGAGUAUUACCAAGAGGAUCCAUUGUACCUAAGAAGCUCUACGUUGGUAGAAAAGAAGGGAUUUAUGGGCACAAUUCCCCUUGCCAGAGCCGUCGAAAAGAAUGUGCCACCACUCGAAAGAGAAGGAAGACAAAGACACAGCAUUGCAUCUACUACUCAUCUCAUAUAA